AUGUCUGCCAUGUCAAUCACAUCAACAUUAGAAAUUUCUGAUGAAAUUUCAUCAGGAACUUCUCAAAUUCAAGAAGCUAGCGUAGAAAAUAUUACAGAAGAUGAGACUGAUUUAUAUGAUAGACAAAUAAGAUUAUGGGGUUUAGAAGCUCAACAAAAAAUGCGUAAUUCAUCAAUAUUAAUAUGUGGGAUGAGAGGUUUAAGUAAUGAAGUGUGCAAGAAUAUAGUUCUGUCUGGAGUUGGAAAGGUUACAAUAAUUGAUCAGAAUUUGGUGACUGAAAAUGAUUUAGGUGCUCAAUUUCUUUUAAGUGAACAAGAUAUUGGAAAAAACAGAGCGUUGGCAGCAGCAGAUCGUGUUAAAUAUUUGAAUCCUCGUGUUAACGUAACAACUGACACUGAUGAUAUUCGUAACAAGCCUAAAGAUUAUUUUCAGAAAUUUGAUUUAAUAACUUUAACAGAUUGUGAUACAAAUACAAUAAUCGAGAUUAACCGGAUUUGUCAUGAAUUAGGCAAGAAAUUUUAUGCAGCAAGCACAUAUGGCAUUUAUGGAUAUAUAUUUUGUGAUCUUCUUCAACAUGAAUUUAUUGAAGAGCGUCGGGUGGCUAUUCCACAUAAAGAUGAAGUUGAAAUAAAAAUGAUAAAGAAAAAUGCCAAAUACGAAAACUUUGAAACCUUUUUAUCAAAUGAUUGGGCAACUACUAAAAGAAAAAAAAUAAAGCCUUUAUUCUGGGCUAUACAAAUAAUUUUGAAAUUUCAACAAGCAAAUAACCAUCCACCAAAAUUAUCUGAAGAUAUUGAAAAAUUAUCAUCCAUCAGAGAUUCAUAUAUGCAAUCAGUUGGAAUUGAUUCAUCGUUCGUUUCUGAUGAACUAUUAAAAUCACUUGUACUGAAUUUUUCGGCAGAACUAUCACCAAUUUGUGCAAUUGUAGGCGGAAUCUUGGCUCAGGACAUUUUAAAAGCAUUAUCAUGUAAAGAAUUACCUAUUAACAAUUUUUUCAUUUAUGAUGGAAACGAAG